AUGCUACCAUUAUCCACUAGAAACAUCUCUAGUUGGCUUACAGCUUAUCCCGAACCUGAAACCUCAUCGGGCCUAAAGACGGUAGGACUGCAGGAGGAUAGGACAGGAGACCGACAAAGGUAUCAUUCUCAUGCCUACCUCCAACCUCAGGCCCACAACUAUCUUCCGUCAGCUGCCAAAUAUUGGCCGCUCCUUGCGCUCCCAUUGGCAGACCAGCAGGCGGAAACAAGAAUUUGCGCCACGGCUGAGACCUUGAUCUCAAGCAAAUAG